AUGGAUCAUCUAGUUGACUUAGCUAUUCGCAAAAGAAUCUCUGCCCUUGGCAGACCCGGUCGAUCUAUUGCCGAUGAGGAGCCUUUUUUCGUGGCAGACCUAGGCCAGGUCGCCCGCCAGCAUCGCCGAUGGAAGUCGGCUCUUCCUAAUGUUCAACCUUUCUAUGCGGUGAAAUGCAACCCCGACCCAACCCUUCUCAAGCUGCUUUCCGAAUUGGGGACCGGCUUCGACUGCGCCUCCAUCGAAGAACUCCGGGGCGUACUUAGCCUAGGCGUGGACCCUUCGCGCAUCGUAUUUGCCAAUCCUUGCAAGACGGCGUCUUCUCUGGUUUUCGCUCGGCGAGUGGGCGUGAUGCAUACCACCUUCGAUAAUCUCGAUGAAUUAGACACAAUAAAAGCGUAUCAUCCAGAUGCGCUCCUCGUUCUCCGAAUUUACGCCAGCGACGAUGACGCACUUAUCAGCUUUGGGGAGAAAUUCGGGGCUUCUAUGGAGUCCACAGGUCCGUUAUUACUUCGAGCGAGGGAACUAAACCUGAACGUUACAGGAAUUAGCUUCCAUGUCGGAUCUGGCGCGUUCAACGCCUCUGCAUUCGUUCAAGCAAUCAAGAACGCAAAAGCCGUCUUCCGUCAAGCUGCCAAUCUUGGAUUCCAAAUGACCCUGCUCGAUAUCGGAGGCGGCUUCCAAGAUAGCAACUUCGAGCGACUCGCAUCCUCUGUGCACGAGGCCCUCGGCGAAGAAAUCCCCUCUCACAUCCGCGUCAUCGCUGAGCCAGGUCGCUACUAUGCGUGCAGUGCAUACACACUUGCCUGUCAGGUGAUCUCGCGACGUCGGCAGAUCGGCGAUCCCCGAAAAACCGGUUCCGAUAUGCUUUACCAGAAUGACGGCGUUUACGGCUGCUUUAUGAAUGUACUAGUGGAAAAAGAGAUAAUGUGUCCGACUCUGAUCACGUCGUAUGCUCAUUCACAAGUCGAGAAUGUAAAGCGACAGCAGGGAGAACAUCGAUACUCCAUCUGGGGCCCGACAUGCGAUAGCACAGACUGCGUGGUAAGGGAUGCAGCGUUGGAGUCGGAGGUUAAAGUCGGUGACUGGCUGAAAUAUAAGAAUAUGGGUGCAUACACCACCUCAACAACAACCAAAUUCAACGGAUUCUCGAACGACCGUGCCGUGGUUUACAUUGACAGCGAAUCCGAGAAUGGCGCAAUGAAGACGGGUAUCCCGUGGUACCUUUAUAUCUAUCAGCAGACUGAAAUGACCAAGGUUGCAGCGCCGCUGAAACAAGGGCUGUAUCAGGCAAGUUGUUGA